AUGGAUAUUCUUGUAUUCGAGGAAUCCAUAAAUGUGCUGGCAGAACAAACACAACCAAUUCGUUUUGCGGAUUUAUUACAGCAAGUGUCACAACAAAUGGCAACUGAGUGCCAUUAUAUCAAAGAUAUUUUGUGGAAAUUUGUCAUAAAUUCACCCUCAAUUCUAACCUCUAGUCCAACAAUCAGUGACAUAGUUAAUGAUGAGGCGUUGCAUUUGCUCUGCAAUGAGAUUCGAUUUAGACGGAUUAAUAUUGAUAUGUAUGAAUCGAUUAUAAAGAAUACCCAACGUAUAAGAGUUUUAUUGGCCAUAUCUAGACGCAAAUAUGAAGGUUACUGGCAGUCGGAAUUAUCCUACAAUUUGUCUAUAGACCCAAAGAAUCUGUUUCAACUGUUACAAGUUUUAUGCAAACAACAGGUAAUAAUCAAGCUCAACAUGCCAUUCUAUGUCAAAAGUGGCAGUGAAGAUAAGAUGUGUUUUUCCACUAGUUCUGCCAGCAGCAAUAGCAUAUUAUUCCAUCACAAAUACUUCGUGUUUGAAAAAUUUCCAGAAUAUAUCAAAGUACAGAUGAAAAAUUUAUCACUGGAUUUGUUUGGCAAUACUUUGCUAGAUUUUAUCAACAAAUCCCCGGAUGGUAUUGCACUGGAGUCCAGUACCCUAAAUUACUACAUAAAUUUGACAUCAUCAUCUGCAGCCAAGUUAUGUGCGGCAAUCAAUCCAAAAGUGGCCGAAAAGGGCUUUAAUAACCUAGUAAACUUCCUGAUUGAGCGGUCAAAAAUUGCUAGAGCAUUGGCUUAUUGCAAGGACACGGGUAAGAAUGAAUUGGUGCUAAUAACAGCGAAAUCCCCACAUUUUAAGGCAAAAUCUAACGAGUGUAGUGAUUAUAAAUCACUUUACCUAUACCAAUUGAAUGCUAAGUUGACUCUACCUGAGCAGAUUUGCAAGUUAAUUAUGUUAAAUGGAAACAAGGGUAUUAUGGCUACGGAAAUUUGCCAGAUCCUGUCAAUUCGUUUAAAACCCCUAACAAAGAUUCUUAACAGUUUAUGCCCCGAAUAUAUAAAGAAAAUACCAGAGAGAGCUGGUAAAUUGUUCUAUUAUCGCUACCAUCUCAGUAAUAGAUCAUUGGCAAAUUUGCCACUAGUGGAAGGUACCAUGUUAAGUGACAAAUUGUCACACAAUGACUUAUCGCAAUCGAUAAAUAUGGAUUUAAGCAUUAAUAGCGACCAAAAUACUGAAUUCUACUCUUGGCUAAGGAAUAACCUUGAGCAACUUUCAUCUUUAGUUGGCAAGGUUAAGGGGAAGAUCAACACCUCCCAAUUCCGCGGCCGAAUUGCCAUCAUAAUUGAAUACUUAAAGAGGCAAAAAUUUGCUACUCCGGCAGAUUUUGCAAAAACAUUUUGCAAAGUUGAAGGUUCUGAAAAGUUGGUGGACAAGAGAACGGUUAAUCGACUAAUAUCGCAUGCAUUGCAACACUACAGACACAUUAGACAAAUAAAAUUUUUUCCAUCUCAAAACGCUUUGGUGCCUAUUAAUCUAAUUUACGACAGCAAUUUAACAACAUCUGAAGGAGUUAAGAAACUUUGGUCCUUGGCACUCAAGGGAAAUACGCAGAAUAAUACUACUAGUAAUGCGGAAUCUAAUCAAUUGGAUGCACCUAAUGGAAGCUCUACUAAUUUAAACAAUAAAACUUUAGACUUGCCACUAAUUGAGGGUAUAGUUGUGUCUGAAGUGAUUGGUAGGUCUCAGGAAAACGCUUCUUUUUCACAAAAAUUACUAGUUUCCAAUGGAUUUGUAAUACCCAUAAUGACAAGACUUAAGAUUACCCAUGAAUUCCUUAUUACGCUAGGCAAUGAUUUGUUGACAGAAAAGUCCAUAUUGAACAAAAUGCCUUUUCGCAUUUUUUUGAAGGUUAUAGGCUGUGGAUAUGCGAUUAAAGAUCAACAAUGGGUGCAACAACAUUUGUCAGUUGAUCUGGAAAAGUUGCCCUCAGACAUUUACAAAUUGUUGAUGUUUGGAGCUGUAGGAAGGGUUUCCAAUACAAAAAAUCGCCGUGUAGCCACGCAAAUUGUCACUAAACUUUGUCUUUUAUUAACGGAAUUGGGUCUGGUAAAUAGUGUAACCGAACCCACUAGCAAUGGCACCGUUUAUCAGUUUUGGCUUGUUAAUCGUGUGAUAAACAAGUCAUUUUGCCAUAAGGACUUAAACUGCUUCUACUGUAACAAGGGAUCUAUGUCAAUGAACAGCCUUGAUGACCUUGAGAGAUUUUGGUCCCACCUGAAAUCAUUCAUUUGGCACAUAACUGAAUCACACCCCGAUGAUUCUAUAGAAUCUUAUUUGGCUAUGGGUAAUGAAUUGGAGCAGAUGGGUGAAAUUCAAUUAGUUAGAAAUGGCCAACGAUUGAUACCAAAGGAAGCAUUGAUUAGAAAAAAUUGGAAAGGAUUGUUCGAGGAUGCGACCAGUAUCGACACUUGUGGUGACAUUGAAAUUUUGUCCCAGUUCAUCGAUAAAUACUUGGAUCCUCUUUAUAUAUCUGGAGAAAAGCCAACUAAAUACAGUAGUGCGAAUUGGUGGGAAAAAUUAGCCUGUGCGGAAAAUUUAACUGCGCAUUAUGGACAAAAAUUAAAUGAUCAACUGCUGUAUAAAUUAGUGUCAUUGUUAUGGGGAUUUGAUGAUCACGACUCAAAAUCUCCGAGAAUUUUAUGGCAAAAGUGCCAACAGAUAAUAACCAAACUACUGCAAGAUGGGAGGCCUUUGAAGAAGAAACCUGUAAGACAAAUUAAAAAUACCGUCUUCAAAUUUACCUUCCGCAGUUUCCUAGUAACACCUAUUAAAAGUAUUAAUAGCCAACUAUUAGUUGACUGCUUUAGCCCUUUAGCGUUUAAGGAGCUGAAGCAGUUGAUUAAAUAUUGGACUUUGGCCAAAAUUAUUCAUAAGGUGCCGUCUUUAUCACAAGUGACCAGUAUCUCUAGUGACAAUACAUUACCAGAUGAUAAGGGCGAUAGUUACACAUCAAAUGCAACAAUUGGUACUUUAUGCAAGUAUAUCAUUGGGAAAAACGGAAAUAUUCGCCUAUUUGGCACAGUUGGCUCUAUGAUUGAAUUACAAAAUUUGUGGUUGUGUCAGAAGUAUAGCUGUUAUGAAAGCACUAUUUCUCGCCUUGAAAUGCUAGCAGCCGGAAAGGGAAUGCUUCUGGUAGAAGAUUAUCAGCAAACCAAGAUAGAUAAGCGUAUCUAUUCUGGUGGCCUCGAACGCCAUUAUGCAAUGAUACAGCAGCCAUACCCCCAAAUAACAUUUGUUGUCAAUCAAUCACUGUCAAAAAAUCAGAAGAAAGAAGUAUCAAAACCUGUAAUAGCAGUUGCCAAGGUUUCAUCCCCAAUCGACGGUUUUAACCUAUUAUUGACUCCUGAUUCCACUGAUAAACUAGGUUGCGAUAGCGGGGUUACCCUGCUUCAAGAAUUGGCAAAGGAGGUAGAUAAGCACAAAAUUAUUACCAUAUAUGAUCAACUGAUUAGUGCCCAAGAAAGUGGAUUGUCUGUUCCACUAUACACGGAUGUGCCAAAGGAACUCACAUUACUUUAUUUGCUAAAGUUGGCGUUUAGAGUACCAGAUACCAGCUGGAGAUUUGUUGCAUCUUCAUUUGCCAAAAAUUUAUUAAAUGUGCAAUCAAAAACUAUUUUUGUCAGGCCAAAGUACAUAACAAAUGAUUUGUGGUUAAAAUGUGGAUUUAAUAUUAGCGAUAAGUACAUUUGUGAUGUGAUAAAUGACUUUGGUAUAAAUGCAAUGCCACUUUUGGAUAAAUUCUCACCCACAAUAUUCACAACAUUGACUGGCGCGCCAAAUUUCUCGAUUUUUUCCCUAGUUCCCCUGCGGAUCUAUUCUAUCCUCAGAAAUUCACCCGGGCUGACACUUGCAGAAAUUAACAACAAAUUGUGCCUACUGGAGCCAUGUGAGACACUUGACAUCAUCAGUUCGAUGAUACAGCAGGGUCUAAUCAAUCAGCUCGUAACCAAUUACAAUGGUACUAACACUAUAACAUAUUUGAGUAAUGUCACUCCCAAUUUGGAACCGUAUGAACAAAUUAUUGAGGAAGUUAUAGCACAGAAUUCUGAUGGAGAUGGCAUUUAA